CUGGGCUAUGUAGACUCCCCAAGUCCAGACAAACAUAAGAAGAAAAUAUAUUCUUGAACAAGCACAGGAUUAUACUCCAUCCAGCGUUUAGCAGUUGACCGAAAAGAAUACGCUGUUUUCACCCAUUGAUUCCACGAGACAACGCCCCACACGUUGUACAGCCAACAUGCAAUAAAUCGCUCCACUAAAAAGAACAUCAGCAAUUUCUUCAUCCACUAUCGGUAAUUAUUUGAUAAAUUUCGAAGAAUGGAAGGGGAGAGAGGGUUUCAACCCAAUUAUGAUCAGCUUCAAAUUUCCUUUUCUGCUCCUCCUCCUCCUCAUCCUCUACAUCAUGAAAUGGGGUUUAUACAGUUUGAAGAUCAGAAUCAGAUGAUGAGCUUUUUGGUACCCUCGCAAUCUUCUCAAAUAUCUCAGCCUCUAGACGGCGGCGGAGGCGGCGGCCACCCCAUUAAGACAACCAGCACCACCAGCAAUAGAGUUUUUAUAGGAUUAGACAAUAAUGAACUUCUGAACACUAGACCCUCAUGGAAUAACGACCAGGUAGGAACACUAGAUCUCAAGGCUGUUAAUGAUGAGAACUGCAGUGGUAACGCCAACGAAAGUGGCAAUUCAUGGUGGAAGAGCCCAUCUUCAGAUAAUAAUGGCAAGGUCAAAGUGAGGAGAAAGCUAAGAGAGCCCAGAUUCUGUUUCCAGACAAGGAGUGACGUAGACGUGCUUGAUGAUGGUUACAAAUGGAGAAAAUAUGGUCAGAAGGUUGUCAAGAACAGCCUUCAUCCAAGGAGUUACUACAGAUGUACUCAUAGCAAUUGUCGAGUCAAGAAACGGGUCGAAAGGCUUUCAGAGGAUCGUCGGAUGGUAAUAACAACGUAUGAAGGUAGACAUAACCAUUCCCCCAGUGACGAUUCAAAUUCCUCCGAUCACGAGUGUUUCACCUCAUUCUAGAGCAUAGAUGUUUAAAGAAUUCGUACCACGUUCUGUUAAAUUAUAUAUGACUGAGUUUGCUUGAAUAACGUAUUUAGUAUUUAUUUA